AUGGAUAAAAGAUGUCUUUAUUAUAGCUUGACUGGAAUUUUCUUUCUCAUAAUAAAGUACAUAUUCGCCGCGGGUACUUGCUUAGGUUACAACGCUCAUAUUCAUGAUACUGGCUUGCAAGAUCACGCCAUGACUGGCCAUGUACUGAAGACAAUUACAAACGCUGAUUUUGGAGAAUGCUUUCGACAAUGCGGCCGAACCUGUCACUGUAGAUCAUUUAACUUGGGCCUUGAAGGCAAUGGCAUUUGUGAGCUAAAUGACGUGGAUAAAGAAGAAGCACCGCGCGCUUUACGUUCAAGGAAGGGAUUUGUACUCGUUUCCUUCAGAUCAUUAACACAGGUAAGCCUAUGGUUAAACAAAUCAAAUUCAAUUAUUCCGUCAAGAUAAGAGCAGGUAAUUUUAAAGUACGACUUUUAUCGCGUCGAGGAGAAACGAUAACUACAGAAAAGGUCGAGUCAUGCCACACGCGAUUCGACAACCCGGUGCGAUUUUUAGAUUUUCGCUGAGCGCUAACUUUGGUCCUCCCUUGGGUUUUACAAAUAUUUAAAAGCGCUAUAAGAACUUGAGUCCUUUCGUCUAAAACUAGAAAAUACAUGCAUGCAAAAACCCUCCCUUACUGACAAAAUGAAUAUUAUGAAGAAUUGAAAGUAGUUGUCAUGGUAAUACGAUAAUUUUAGGAAUAGUUUUAAAAUUGAAAAAUCCCCCCAAAAUAUCACUUUUAAUAACAAAUGGAUCAAUUUUCCAAACAUAUAUAUGCUAGGUAUGUUAUUAUACGUAAGAUAAGCUUCAAUUUAAUGUAAAAUUCAAACACAAACGCUUCGCAAAACGUUUUAAAAUGUUCUUAAAACUAUACGGCCUUUUAUCGUAUUGUCGGUAAACAUUGAGUUUGAAAUAAACUGAUUUCAAAUUCUCGCAUGAAAAUAAGUUUGCUUUCCUCUUUAUUUAAAUAUUUUAAUAUACAAAAGGAAGGGUAAUUAAUAAAACUACAAAAUUAUAUGCUGUCUUUUUCACUUAUAUACGCAAUGAUAGUAUCAUGACUGAUUUUAUGCAUGAUUACUUUGAUGCAUGUGUACAAACAACGACUCACUCUCCCCUCCUAUAAUUGCACAAAGCGCUACACAUGAUUGAUUUCUUACAAACUCUCUACAAAAAGUUUAAAAAUUACGUGCGAAGGGCUACUAUGGCACUAUAGGUCCAAAUAGGUUGUGCUUAAUGUACAUCAAUCUGUCUGGUACUUAGAUAGUUCAUAACAACUUUGCAUCCUACGAAUUCAAACUCAGUUUUAAGCCUUCCAUAUUUUUUCCGCAAGCCACGUUGAAAGCCUUUUUUUAAACACUCGAAAAUUUAUUAUUAUGAAUAUCGUUGGCAAAAAUGACUCUGUACCCUUAACAAGUCAAUUCUCACGAUUAAUUUAAAAACAUAUACAAAUGCUAAGUAGUAGAUAUAAAAACGCAGUGCCAGUUGCAGCAAAACAUUACUUUAUGGCAGAUGGACUAUAAUUAUUUAACAAUUAUUCGCCUCAGGCUCAGUGAUUACCGAUGAAUAUUCACCGAGACGAAGUCGAGGUGAAUAUUCACCGUAAUCACUAAGCCUGAGGCGAAUAAUUGUUUUAGUAUAAAUUUUUAAUGGAUAAACCAAAGUAUCCAAGUUAUCCAACUAUUAUUUUAAUUAAAAUUCAGAAGCAAUACUGUUUUCGACCGGUUUACGGUUACUGUCAGUUUUUGUGUUGUAGUGUUUCGCACGCUUUGAAAAUGGCUUCCUGUGCGACUUUAUUGCUUUAUUACAAAGUUGUUUUUCUUUCGCCAGACUUAGAAUUAAAAAAUAGUUUCUGUUUAACAUUAAUUUGUUCAGGAAAUGGCUGAGAAAUUUGGUAAAAUGAAAUGUAAAACUAUAUCGUUCGAAAUAUAAAAGUUUUAAUUCACUUUUCACUUUACAAGUCCCAAAAACACAAUAAUACAAUACAGCAUCAAGACACCGCACAGCACAAUGGAAACACGACAUAUAUCAAAAGAAAUAGUAUCGUACAAAUUGAGAUAUUUAUAGGUUACAAAACAAAAUUGUUUUAAAAAGAAUGUCACGGCUUUCCCCAUUAGUCGGGAUAGUUUUUGCUAUUUGUUUGAAGCGAAUAUUUCGGAGUUUUAAAUAAGUUUAAAUUGUCCGUGAAUAUGUUUGACACAGUAAAAUAAUAAAGAAAUCCUACCUUUCAAUUUGAAUAAAACAUUUUGUGCUUUUUUCCUUUUUCUGGGACGAGUUUUUCAAAAUUUUGUCGAUUUUGAAACCAAAUUUACAGAUUCGAUCUUUUUUAUAAGCAUUAUUUACUAGUCUGCUAGCAAAUAAUUCGUCAGAUAUACUAGUGAACUAGCCAAUUGGAACGCGCGAAAGCUCACUUUGAUAUGCAAAAUUUAUACUAAAAUGUAAUAUUGCAUGAUCAAAAAUAUAUUAUUUUAUUACAAUUAUUAUUAAAGUAAAUUCUAAGCCAUUUUUUGCUUGUUUUAGUCAACGAACGCAAAUGAGGCCCAAGUAUGUUGUGUUGAAAAUCCUUGCAAAAAUCAAGCACUUUGCGUGCCUGAGGUACGAUCUGGCAGGCGGAGUUUUUCUUGUAAGUGUCCGCCUGGAUUCACUGGAAAGUUAUGUGACGCACCAGUCAAAGGUUGUCAAGACUACCUCCGAGCAAACGAGUCAGCGACAUCUGGUGUCUACGAAGUCUGGCUGGACGAACCAACAAAGACAAAAAAUGCCUACUGUUAUUUUGAUCACGUGAAUAUGGAAGCAUGGACUCUUGUCAUGUCCUACUCACUUUCCUAUCAGAAUAGCAUGAAAAACUUUCCGUUUCAAAAGGAUAACCCAAUCAAUGAAGAAAAUCCAGCGUUUGACCACUACCGUUCAUCACUAGCUUUGAUGAAAUAUUUAAGAAAUCAGAGCAGCUUCUGGCGAGCUACAUGUAACCAUGACACCAAACCACGUGAUGACGAUUUCACACAGAGUUAUUUCACAACCAUGGAUAUUAUGACAUACAAUGGUACGAGUCUAAUGACUAUAAGUCUGAGAUAAUUAUAAGCCAUAAUGGUUUGUCGUAUGCACAUUGCGACCUUACGCAUUGAAGAAAAAUGGUAUAAUUAUUCCUUGGCGUUCACCGACUUUAAUAAAGAGAUAUCCAAAUUGAAUUUACACUAAGAGGAACAAGGGUACUGACUUAAUAUUCUGGGGUACUUUUCGACGAAACGAGAAUACCGGUCGUCGGAGUACGUCAUGGUAAUUUUACAAUAAAACUAAAAUAUCAAGAAGUUGCUUCAUGGAUAAUAAAUACAUUUUCCACGAACGCAGCAUUUUCGAAUGUUUGUUUCUUCUUUAAUUAUCUGCAUAUUAUCAACACUGCAAUAAAUUUUGUUGCCUAAUGCCUAAUUGUAUACGUGAACUCAAAGUAUUUCUGCUUUUCAAGGUUUCAUUUUGAUCUCAUCUUUACAUUUUUUUUUCUUUUUGAACAGAACAUAAGUGUGGGGCUCUUGAUAUCAUAAGUAUCUAUAGCACAACCUACAGUCAAGUGAACACUUUUAUUACCCAAGAUGCCAACAGAAUAUUCAGCAUUUCCACAACCCAUGGUCAAUCAGUAUGUGCUUCACCAUUGGAACUACCGUAUGUAGAUGACGGGCUCUUUGGUUGGUAUGGGCUAUCUGUCCCUCAACAUGGCUGCGCUGCUUCGCCUGAGUCAACAACACAGUACUGGUUCGGGUCAAAAUUGUAA